AUUUUGAGAAAAAAAUUAAUUAAAGACAACAUAUAUAUUUCUGAUUAAUUAUAUAAUAUAUUCAUAUUCAUAGCUCUACAGUCUACACCAUCCGUUACAGUCCAUCAGCUCUUUAGAGUUUAGACCAAUUAUCUGGAAAAUGGCGAACGAUAGUGUUGGGAUUGCCAAAGAUGUCACCGAAUUGAUUGGCAAAACUCCAUUGGUAUAUCUUAACAAAGUGGUGGAUGGUUGUGUUGCUCGCAUUGCUGCUAAGCUUGAAAUCAUGGAACCCUGUUCUAGUGUCAAAGACAGGAUUGGUUAUAGCAUGAUCUUAGAUGCUGAGAAAAAGGAUCUUAUUACCCCUGGAAAGAGUGUCCUCAUCGAACCUACAAGCGGAAACACUGGGAUAGGGUUAGCGUUUGUGGCUGCCGCAAAGCAAUACAGGCUUAUCAUUACGAUGCCUGCUUCGAUGAGUCUCGAAAGAAGGAUCAUUCUCCGAGCAUUUGGAGCUGAGUUGGUUCUCACCGAUCCUGCCAAGGGCAUGAAAGGUGCUGUACAAAAAGCAGAGGAGAUAUUAGCCAAAACACCUAAUGCAUACAUGCUGCAGCAGUUUGAAAACCCUGCAAACCCGAAGAUCCACUACGAGACUACUGGACCUGAGAUAUGGAAAGGCACGGGAGGUAAAAUCGAUGCACUUGUUUCAGGCAUAGGUACCGGUGGUACCAUAACAGGUGCAGGCAAAUAUCUUAAGGAGCAGAAUCCCAACAUAAAGCUUUAUGGAGUUGAACCAGUUGAAAGUCCUGUUCUCUCGGGAGGAAAGCCUGGUCCACAUAAGAUCCAAGGAAUAGGUGCUGGUUUUGUCCCUGGUGUUUUGAAUGUCAGCAUCGUCAAUGAAGUUGUUCAAGUAUCAAGCGAUGAAGCUAUUGAAACUGCAAAGCUUCUGGCAUUAAAGGAAGGUUUACUCGUCGGAAUAUCAUCGGGUGCCGCCACCGCAGCCGCGAUUAAAAUUGCAAAAAGACCCGAGAAUGCGGGAAAACUCAUCGUUGCAAUAUUUCCAAGCUUUGGGGAAAGAUAUUUAUCAUCAGUGCUGUUUGAAUCAGUAAGAAAGGAAGCAGAAAACAUGACAUUUGAGCCAUGAGCUUUUAAUUUUCAACAAAGAAUCAGAACAAGUUUCCAUGACUGAUUAUUAUCAAAAAAUUUAAUUGGGAUUUUAGCUUUGCAUUGUAGCUA